AAAGGAGCCGGGUCGUCGGCGGGGAGGAGAAGCGGGGGGCUGCAGCGCGCUGGGCGAAGCGGGCGGCGGGGCGGCGGGCUGGCGCGGGGGCGGAGCCGGGGGACCUGGUUCUGCACCCCGGGGCCCGCGCCUGACCCCCACCGCGGGGCCGGGGGAUGGUUUUAAUGUGGGGAGAGGGCAUGGGACUGGAGAUGGGGGGCCCAGGGGGCUCCCGGGGCUGAAGAGCGCCGGGAUCGCCUGGCGCGGAGAGUAGGAGACCGUGAGUCCCGGCCGGGGCCGCCGCCGCCCCGAUGGGGCCCGGGUGCCCAAGUUCGCAAAGUUGGCGGCCGAGGGCCCGGGGCGCGCGCAGCGUCCGGGGGGACCCGGCACGGGACUCGCGGGGCGCACAGGUCGCCUGAGCCGCCUCGGCGGCCCCCGAGGGUUGCGCGCGUGGCUCGGGGGGCUCCGGGAAGCGGCCGGGGGCGCGGGGGCUUCUGCUGAGUUGGCGGGUUUGGCCAUGGCCGCUGCCCGCCUCGCCCGGGGGCCGACGCGCCAGCUCGCCGUGGGGUCGCCCCUGCUGCUGCUGCUCCUGCUGCUGCUGCUCGGGGGUCCGGGCCCGGGGGCGGCCCUGAGCGGGAACGAGACGGGGCCUGGGCCGCGGGCCGCCGAGGCGAGCGCCAGAAGGAGCGCGGCGGGGACCGGCCCUCCGCCGCUGCUCAGCCACUGCGGCCGCGCCGCCCAGUGCGAGCCGCUGCGCUACAACGUGUGCCUGGGCUCGGCGCUGCCCUACGCCGCCACCUCCACGCUGCUGGCCGGGGACUCGGACUCCCAGGAGGAGGCGCACGGCAAGCUCGUGCUCUGGUCGGGUCUCCGGAACGCCCCCCGCUGCUGGGCAGUGAUCCAGCCCCUGCUGUGCGCUGUGUAUAUGCCCAAGUGUGAGAAUGACCGCGUGGAGCUGCCCAGCCGCACCCUGUGCCAGGCCACCCGUGGCCCCUGUGCCAUCGUGGAGAGGGAACGGGGCUGGCCCGACUUCCUGCGCUGCACCCCUGACCGCUUCCCCGAGGGCUGCCCGAACGAGGUGCAGAACAUCAAGUUCAACAGUUCGGGACAGUGCGAGGCCCCCCUGGUUCGGACCGACAACCCCAAGAGCUGGUACGAGGACGUGGAGGGCUGUGGGAUUCAGUGCCAGAACCCGCUCUUCACCGAGGCCGAGCACCGGGACAUGCACCGAUACAUCGCGACCUUCGGCGCCGUCACCGGCCUCUGCACGCUCUUCACCUUGGCCACCUUCGUGGCUGACUGGCGGAACUCGAAUCGCUACCCUGCCGUGAUCCUCUUCUACGUCAACGCGUGCUUCUUCGUGGGCAGCAUUGGCUGGCUGGCCCAGUUCAUGGACGGUGCCCGCCGGGAGAUCGUCUGCCGUGCAGACGGCACCAUGAGGCUGGGGGAGCCCACUUCCAACGAGACCCUGUCAUGUGUCAUCAUCUUUGUCAUUGUCUACUACGCCCUGAUGGCUGGAGUUGUCUGGUUCGUGGUCCUCACCUACGCCUGGCACACCUCCUUCAAGGCCCUGGGCACCACCUACCAGCCUCUGUCGGGCAAGACCUCCUACUUCCAUCUCCUCACGUGGUCUCUGCCCUUCGUGCUCACCGUGGCAAUCCUCGCGGUGGCCCAGGUGGACGGGGACUCUGUGAGCGGCAUCUGUUUCGUGGGCUACAAGAACUACCGCUACCGCGCUGGCUUCGUGCUGGCCCCCAUCGGCCUGGUGCUCAUCGUGGGUGGCUACUUCCUCAUCCGAGGUGUCAUGACUCUCUUCUCCAUCAAGAGUAACCACCCCGGACUGCUGAGUGAGAAGGCUGCCAGCAAGAUCAACGAGACCAUGCUGCGCCUGGGCAUUUUUGGCUUCCUGGCCUUUGGCUUUGUGCUCAUCACCUUCAGCUGCCACUUUUACGACUUCUUCAACCAGGCUGAGUGGGAGCGCAGCUUCCGGGACUACGUGCUGUGCCAGGCCAAUGUGACCAUAGGGCUGACCACCAAGAAGCCCAUCCCUGACUGUGAGAUCAAGAACCGCCCCAGCCUCCUGGUGGAGAAGAUCAACCUGUUCGCUAUGUUUGGGACCGGCAUCGCCAUGAGCACCUGGGUCUGGACCAAGGCCACGCUGCUCAUCUGGAGGCGCACUUGGUGCAGGUUGACGGGGCACAGUGAUGACGAGCCCAAACGCAUCAAGAAGAGCAAGAUGAUCGCCAAAGCCUUCUCCAAGCGGCGGGAGCUGCUGCAGAACCCAGGCCAGGAGCUCUCCUUCAGCAUGCACACAGUGUCACACGACGGGCCCGUGGCUGGUUUGGCCUUUGACCUCAACGAGCCUUCAGCUGACGUGUCCUCUGCCUGGGCCCAGCAUGUCACCAAGAUGGUGGCUCGCAGGGGUGCCAUCCUCCCUCAGGAUGUGUCUGUCACCCCCGUGGCAACUCCAGUGCCUCCGGAGGAAAAAGCUAACCUGUGGCUAGUGGAGGCCGAGAUCUCGCCGGAGCUGGAGAAGCGGCUGGGCCGGAGGAAGAAGCGGAGGAAGAGGAAGAAGGAGGUGUGCCCGCUGGGGCCACCCCCGGGCCCCGCGCCCGCCCCCAGCGCCGUCCCGCGCCUGCCCCAGCUGCCCCGGCACAAGUGCCUGGUGGCCACGGGCGGCUGGGGCCCGGGGGAGUCCUGCCGACAGGGCGCCUGGACCCUGGUCUCCAACCCCUUCUGCCCAGAGCCCAACCCCCUGCAGGCCCCUUUUCUGCCCAGCGCCCCGGGCCCCUCGGCCUGGGCCCAGGACCGCCGCCAGGGGCUGGGGCCCAUUCACUCCCGCACCAACCUGAUGGAGGCCGAGCUCCUGGACGCCGACUCGGACUUCUGAGCCUGGACAGCAGCACUGGGGGUGGGGGUGGGCGCUGGGGUGGGGGUGGGGAGGCCAGGCAGGCAGCCCCCCGCACCCCCCCCCCCCCCCCGUCCUCUUUGGGAGUGCUGCUUCCCCUGGAGAACUGAGGCCCGGCGCCCUCGCUGGCAGGCCGUCCGGGACGUCAGCGUGGGCGCCUCUCCCCAAGGUGCGACCUGGAACUGGAGGGUGUGUGGUGGGGGGUCCCAGAUCUGCCCCACCGCGGGGCGUGGCUGGCAGCUUCAGUGUCCAGAGGCGCGUGGCGUCUGCAGAGCUGGUCGGCGGCCGGGUAACAGCGCCCCCUGCCGGCAGCCGGUUUCUGUGCCGCUGGGUUCCCCACCCCCCCCUUCCUGGUCCCUAAAGUGUUGAUAGCAUCCCUAGCUGAGUGCAGACUGGGCUCUCCCUUCUCCCUCUUCUAGAAGACAGUGGGGCUAGGAGGGCCCGUUCCCCUCCGCGUGCUGCCCUCAUCUGCCCAGGCCGGCAGCCCUUCCCCAGGUCACUUCAGCCAGGUCCCUCCUCCCCUGGUUUCCCUUGGUUGUUUAGAUGUGUUGCCCCUCUCUCCCUCCAUCCCUUUGGCUGCGGGACUCGGACUCGGGGAGGCUGGGAGAGGGGGAGCCUGAGGCCACCCACCCAGAGAGACUUUACCUCUGGCUCUCUCCAUGGGGGGGGGGGUGGAGCCUCCGCCGUGGGAAUCACUCUGGGAAGCUGCCUGCCGGCCUUCACCAGGCCUGAAGUUCAACUUUUACGAGAGCCGGUGAGGCGACCCCCACCUCUCAUAACCCCAGCCCCCCAAUUCAAGCACCAGACAUCAGGAGACCCGAGGAGCUGGCUGGGUUCCUGAUGGGGGAGAGGGAUGGGGAGGAGAAGGAACAUAAACAGGAAAUAAAAAGGUUUUGUAUGAA